UCCCUUGACGAAAUCAUUUUUUUUUUACGAUGAAGAUAUCUACGAUAUCAGAAUUAAUUUUGAAAUUUUCGCAGAAAAGAAAUUUAAAUAACUUUUCUCAAUAUUUUUCAAUAAAUAAUAUACGUUCUUCUGAUAAACUUUUAUCAUUAUUUAGAAGUAAACGUAUUUUUACUCGUUUUGUUUCAAGCACAACCCAUUCUUAUAAUCAAAAUAAACAAAAACACAAAUUGAAACCUCAACAUGUUUUAAUUUCUAAUUAUAGUUCUUUUAUUAACGAAUAUAUAGAAAAGCCACCAUAUAAUAAUUUUAAAGAUUUAUUAAAGAUAUCUCCAUAUUUUUUGCUUAAUGGAGAACAAAUAAGGCUUCUUCAAGAGCCAAAGGAGUUAUAUGAAGAACUAAAGUCCCAAAUACUUGUUGCUAAAGAGCGAAUUUUUAUAGCUGCAUUGUACAUUGGCUAUAGUGAAAAGGAUUUGGUUAAUACACUGAGAAUAGCAAUAAAGAAAACCAAGCAAUUGAAAGUUCAUAUAUUGCUUGAUUGUUUGCGGUCUACACGUACUGGUCAAACACCUUCAGAUAAAAGUCCUGCAUACCUUCUCUUACCACUUGUAAAAGAGUUUCCAGAUCAAGUAACAGUAUCUUUGUAUCAUACCCCAGAUUUGACGGGGAUUUUGAAAAAAUUUAUUCCUCCUAGAUUCAAUGAGGGGAUCGGAUUGAUGCAUAUUAAAUCUUUUAUUUUUGACAACAAUCUAUUAUUAAGUGGCGCCAAUUUGAAUCAUGAUUAUUUUACCAACAGACAAGAUAGAUAUAUGUUAUUUGAAAACACACCAUCUUUGACAAAUUAUUUUGCAGAUCUUGUAGAAACGGUAGCGUCUUUUUCAUAUAGAUUGAGCCCAACUAAACUUGUAGAUGAGGAUUCUUUUAAGUUGGUUUUAAAGAAUUAUCCAGAUCCUGUAACACAAAGUACUUUAUUUAGGGAAAAUUCUUCUCUCAUCAUGAAUAAUUUUAUUAAGAGAUGGAUAAUACAUAGCAUUGAACAAGAUCAUAAUUUAUCUUUACAGAAGUAUGAUACGAUUGUCUUUCCGAUUAUACAAAUGAAUCCUUUAUACAUUAGACAAGAUGAGCUUGCAACAUUUAUUGUUUUGGACGCAAUUUCAAUGCAUGGAAAUAAAAUUAAUGUUAAUGAAAAUAAGUUUUGCAGAGUAUUUUUUACAUCUGGAUAUUUUAAUUUUACUCAAAGUUAUAAAGAAAGGGUUCUGAAUGCUAGAGCAAAAUUUCAAUUAUUGGCCGCUUCACCAGAGGCAAAUGGAUUUUAUAAAUCUAAAGGUAUCUCAAAAUAUAUUCCACAAGCUUAUACAUUUUUAGAAAAACAAUUUUAUUCGGAUAUUUGCCAUUAUGGAAAAGAACAUUUAAUUAAAAUACAAGAAUACAAGAGGCCAGGAUGGACUUUUCAUGCGAAAGGCUUGUGGUGUUAUCUUGAUGGAGAAUCGUGGCCAAGUCUGACCAUAAUUGGAUCCUCCAAUUAUGGAUAUCGAUCAACUGAAAGAGAUCUUGAAGCACAGGCAAUCUUGAUAACAGAAAAUACACAAUUGAGAAAGACAAUACAUGAUGAAUUGGAGAAUAUGUCUAAGUAUACUGAAGAAGUAACGAAGGAAACUUUUCAGCAAAUUGAUAGAAAAGUUCCAUAUCUUGUUGGAGCUGCAACCAGAUUAAUUAGAACAAUGUUAUGAACAUGAUUGUUUUGAUUAGUUGCAUGAGAAAUUGUUUUUGCAAACAAAAUAAAUAUAUCUUGAAGGUUAAAAGAAUAAAAAUGAAUAAUUAUUAUUACCGUUUUUUAUUCUUUUCUCACUAUGGUAGAUAUUUGAAAGUAUAUGUUCGAGCGAUUUAUAUAAUGCCGAAUGACAAAAAAAAAAAGCUUUUCAACUUUUGUUAUAACGUACUUUUAAAUAUUCUUAAGAGUAUAGAUUUAUGAGUUUACGAUUUCCAGAAUAUAAUAUUUGUCGUAACAUUUGAAUUGUUUGUAAAGAUUUUUAUUUGGAAAUAUACGU